AUGGGCUCUGCCACACUUGCAUAUGCAAAGAUUUUGAACUGGUUGCUCUUGCUGUUGAGUCUGGUAUGCCGUUCUGCUGCUGCUUAUGUGGAUGAGCCCAACCUGAGCAACAGUUUCUUGCCUCACUAUGAACCUGAUCAGGUUGUUGGCUCUCCACAAGAUACGAGGCUACAUGUUUUCACAGUGGACUAUGGCUAUGUGCAAAUUCCCUAUGAAGUUACUCUUUGGAUCCUCCUUGCCUCUCUUGCAAAAAUAGGUUUCCACCUCUAUCACCGAUUACCCAGACUCAUGCCUGAAAGCUGCAUCCUGAUUGUCAUUGGAGCACUAGUAGGAGCGAUCAUUUUUGUUUCAGAUCACAAAUCUCCACCAGUGAUGGACUCAAGCAUUUACUUUUUGUAUCUCCUUCCACCCAUUAUCCUAGAGGAGGGUUAUUUCAUGCCAACUCGCCCAUUUUUUGAAAACUUUGGGUCCAUCCUGUGGUGGUCUUUGCUGGGAUCUCUGCUAAACUCAUUUGGAAUCGGCCUCUCCCUCUAUGGGAUCUGCCAAAUAGAAGCCUUCGGCCUGACUGACCUGGACCUGCUGCAGAGCCUGCUCUUUGGCAGCAUGAUUUCAGCUGUGGAUCCUGUGGCAGCUCUGGUAGUUUUCGAAGAAGCCUCCGUUAAUGAGCAGCUUUACAUGAUGAUCUUUGGAGAAUCAUUGCUAAAUGAUGGCAUCACUGUGGUUUUAUAUAACAUCUUCAUCGCUUUCACCCAGAUGCACAGGUAUGAAGAAAUCGAAUCCAUUGAUGUCUUUGCUGGCUUCGCUCGCUUCUUCGUGGUGGGGCUAGGUGGCAUGUUGUUCGGCAUUGUCUUUGGAUUUGUUUCAGCAUUCAUGACUCGAUUCACUCACAACGUUUCUGCUAUUGAACCCCUGCUGGUCUUCAUGUUCAGCUACCUGGCAUACUUGUCUGCUGAAACCCUUUACAUCUCAGGCAUUUUGGCGAUGACAUCAUGUGCAGUGACAAUGAAAAAAUAUGUGGAGGAGAACGUUUCCCAGAAUUCCUAUACUACAAUAAAAUAUUUCAUGAAGAUGCUGAGCAGCGUCAGCGAGACCCUGAUUUUUGUAUUUAUGGGAGUGUCUACAGUGGGGAAAAACCAUGAGUGGAACUGGGCCUUCAUUUGCUUCACCCUGCUCUUCUGCCUCAUUUGGCGAACACUGAGUGUAUUUGCUCUCUUCUACAUCAGCAACAAGUUCCGAACAUAUCCCUUCACUUUCAAAGACCAGCUCAUUAUUUCCUACAGUGGCCUUCGAGGAGCCAGCAGCUUCUCUCUUGCAUUCUUACUUCCAGUGAAUCUCUUCCCAAGAAAAAAAUUGUUCAUUACCGCUACUCUUGUAGUUAUAUAUUUCACUGUGUUCAUCCAAGGAGUCACAAUUGGACCAUUGGUCAGGUAUCUAGAUGUGAAAAAGACCAACAAAAAGGAGUCUAUCAAUGAAGAGAUUCAUGUGCGAUUGAUGGAUCAUUUGAAGGCUGGUAUUGAAGACAUAUGUGGACACUGGAGUCAUUAUCAGCUGAGAGAUAAAUUUAAGAAGAUUGAUAAUAAGUAUUUGAAGAAAAUCUUAAUUCGGGAACACCAGCCUAAAUCUAGCAUUGUGUCAUUGUACAAAAAGAUGGAGAUAAAACUGGCCAUUGAGAUGGCUGAGAGUAGCCUGAAACUUUCAAAAACACCUGCAGCUUCUUCACAGAACAGUAGAAAUCGGCGUGUGCAUAGGCUAUCCCACGCAGAGAUGAAGUCCAUGAGAGACAUCUUGGCUCAUAAUCUAUAUCAAGUGCGACAAAGGGCACCAGCAUACAAUCGACACAACCUGCCUACCAGCGCAAACGAGAAACAAGCCCAAGAAAUCCUCAUCCGUCGGCAGCACAGCCUGAGGCAGAGUUGCAGGAAAGGAAACAGCUUACCUUGGGGUAGACCGGUUAACACCACAGAAGUACGCUACCUCUCCUUGCCUCAGGGCCCCAGACAGCACACAAGACAAAAAGCCAGGCACGUUACUUUUACAGAUCACCACAGAAGUGGCUCUGAUGCUGCAUUCCCAGUAAUGUUCAGACCCCAGCCCCGACUACGGCCACUUGAAGCAAAGCACCACCAGGAAGAACUGAUUCCAAUGGCACACUUGGAUAGACGAGCACGCCCAUCCAAUCCAUCAGGUCGAAGAGGAAAUUCAAUCAGGCAUCAUCGUUUCACCAGAGCAGAAAAUCUAGCUCUAAUGCCAAAGUCUCAAUUCACUGUGGGAGAAGUAAAGGGAUAUGAGUCAGAAGAAGAGACAGUAAAAAUGGCACCAGCCAAGCCAUUAGACAUAUGAGGAGCACAGAAGAGCAGUGUUUGCAUCUCUAGGGCCCUCUGUGCACUGCUCCAGAGAAAAUAACAAAGCUCUUAUAUGAACCAAACCACAAUUUUCCAUUUGGGACUAGUGCACUUGUUCUCAUAUCACUUUCAAAUGCUGUAUCAAAGUACUUAGUGGCUCAGAGAAGACUCAAAUUCUUACACGUUUCUGUCAAGCUUUCUUUCCAACAAAACGCUGCAGGAAAGAGGAACGUGACCUUUGUAGGGGUUUGGACAUGGAUUUAAAUGAUGAUAGUUGGGCACAUGCGAUGCUAUGGGUGGAAGCUAAUAUUGCCUUUCUCUGUUCUGCACUAUGGCUGCAUCCAGAAGAAACACUGAAGGACAUACUUGGCACAUGAGUGGCAAGACUGGUAACUUCAACUUGCUUAGAGCUUUUGACCUCAGAGUAGCUGAGAUUUUCCAGGAAAAAGUUAAAAAACAGAAAUGCAUUUUUAGGCACCUAAAUGUCACUGAAGAUGUCUAAACAAGGACUUUUAGUGGACAAUUUCAGCACCACCAGAGGAAAAAAAUAAAACCCUUUUUUCCCCUUUUUCUCAUGUUUGCAGCUUUU